AUGUUCCUGUGUGUGAGUCUUCACGAAGUGCCGUCGCCCGACGGAGGUCGCAUAGCGGUCUUUGGUGACAGUUCGUGCCUCGACUCGAGUGUGCAUCCUGCAGCCAACUUUCGACAUUGUUUUGGAAUGCUGCGUGCAAUGCUGCACUUUACAAUGACGCUGUGGUUCCUUCUUCCAUCACUCUACCAAACCAUCCGGCAAGCACAAGACUGCAACAUCUCGAGUCAGAAUUUGUUGCUGCCGCAUUUUGUUUCGCCUCCGUUGGAAAAAAAGGCACGACGAGGCUCAUUGGUACAUUCGAGUUCGUCCUGUGAACUUGUUCAAGUGUUCCAAAGUGUUGCGUGGUACGCAGGACAAGUCGAUUUCUCGCAGCUUUUGCACGUUUUAUGGCAAAGAGCGCUGCGUUGA